UCCCUUCUUCCCCUAAUGUCAAUAACCACUCUCGAAACCGUACUGCUCGACAUCUUUGCAACCACAACUUCAAUACUCCCUUCCGCUAUCGCUGAAUCUACUCCCUAUCCCUUCAAUAAACCGUCUACCAUUUCCACAAUACCUCCAUCCAUCUUUUAUCCAUCAUACCUUCCACUUCAUUCACCUCUCUUCUACCACCCUUUAACCACCAUCGUCACACCUCCACCCCUACAACACCCCUACUACACCCCCACUACACCCCCACUACUCCCCUCCACUGCUUGGACCACCACCUGUUGGGUGUGUGGCAUGGCCCCCCUAACCAGGUUAAAUGAUUCUCCAUCUUCCAGUGUACCUGAUGACUUCAAGGUGAACCCCGGCGCAGUGGAGGCCAUCGCCCAACACCCCAGUGACAAGGAUAGACUCUUGAUCGGCUACAACCGAGGACUGAUGAUCAUCUGGUUCCAGAGUGAGCUGAUGCUUGAAGCUUCGUUCGUUGGUCACCAGAUAGAAUCUCUAUGCUGGCACCGGGAUGGAACCCACUUCACCAGCUCUCACAAUGACGGUAGCUACCAGGUUUGGAAGGUCUCCGGAGCAUCCUCACCGGCCAAAGAACCUCUGGUGCCAUACGGACCAUUCCCUUGCAAAGCCAUUCCAAAGAUCCUUUACUUGACAACCAAGAGUGAGCCGUUCACCAUCUUCUCCGGUGGAAUGCCAAGGGCGAGCUAUGGUGAUCGUCACGUCGUCACGGUGAUACAGGACAAGACGCAACAUGUCGUCUUUGAUUUCACAUCCAAGGUCAUUGACUUCUUCACAAUGUCAAAUGCCACGGAUGAAGAUGAAUUUGAUGAGCCACACACCCUUGUCGUUCUGGUAGAGGAAGAGAUUGUUUUCAUUGAUCUACAAACAAAGGGAUGGCCCACUUUCCAGCUGCCUUACCUGUCCUCCCUGCAUGCCUCAGCCAUCACAUCAUCCAACUACAUCUGCAAUGUUCCUUCUCAACUCUGGGAGAAGAUCCAGGAAGCCGGCGAACACCAACAACAGAACACAGCAUCGCAAAGGGAGUUCCCAGUGUCCGGUGGCAAGAACUUGGUGGAGACCCCUGCUUACCACGACCUCCUCCUGACCGGUCACGAGGAUGGGUCCAUCCGCUUCUGGGAUGCCUCCAGCUCGGCUCUCAAGUUCCUCUACCAGGUCAACGUGGCUCAUGUCUUCACCCCUGAAGGGGAGCAGAACAGCUCCCCCGGAGUCGUAGAGGCCGAGGAAGAGUGGCCACCCUUCCGCAAGGUGGGUAACUUUGACCCUUUCAGCGAUGACCCUCGUCUUGGUAUCCAGAAGGUGGUGCUGUGCCCUCAGAGCGGUACCUUGGUGUCCGGUGGAACGGCUGGUCAGGUGGUGGUCAUGAAGAUGGGCGAUGAUGAGGAAGAAAAGAAGACAGUUGAGGCUGUUCAAGUCAAGAUUGUAGUCGACGACAAGUUUGUGUGGAAGGGUCACGAGGCCUUGCCUGUCAGAGAAGAACCCUUCAAGCUGCCUCGGGGUUUCCAAGUGGAGUUAGUAGCCCAAGCCCAUCCACCAGCUGCCAUCACAGCUCUGGCCUUCCAAUCAACCUGGGGCAUCGUUGCCUUCGGUACCGGCCACGGUUUCUCUCUCAUCGACACCACGCUCAAGCGCCUUAUCCAAUCCCACUGCACCCUCAACCCCGACGACCUCUCGGUGACCGGCGAGCACAUGUCGCGGCGGAAGUCGCUGACCAAGUCGCUCAGGGCGUCGCUGCGCCGUGUGAGGGAGAAGAGGGCCACCGCGAAGCCACGGAAGCAGAGGGACAGGCGCUCGAAUGAUACCGGUGGUAAAGUGAUCGAGGGGAGUGACAAUACACCUACAACACCAGAGAAGGAAAGCAGAGGGAGAGGGUUUGAUGACGCUGAUCUGGUACCCAUUGAAAGAAAGAUAGAGGCUCGAUCGGAAGACCCGAAAGUCAGUAUGGUUCGCUAUGUCUACUUCGCUAACACGUUUGUAAGGGAUGCUCACACAGCUACACCAUCAAUUUGGGUGGGUACAAACGCAGGUAUCAUCUAUAUCUACUCGCUGGGUGUACCGACGGGAGAUAAUAGACUACAGGGCAAUGUGGUGGCAGAGAUCAGCAAGGAGAUAAAACUGAAACAUGGUGCCCCAAUCAACUCUAUGGUAGUAGUGGACAGUGAUAACAACCCCCUACCAGACCCUAUUGAGGUCCAGCAUGAGUGUGCCAAGCCUCCCAACAUGAGUGGACACAAUCUCAUUGUAUGCUCGGAGGAACAGUUCAAGGUCUUUGCUCUACCAAGUCUGAAGCCCAGGUAUAAGACCAAGCUAACAGCCAUGGACGGAUCCAAAGUACGCAAAGUGGCCUUUAUCAAUUACCGCAGCAAAAACAAUGAAUCAUAUAAUGAGAACCACGUCAGCUGUUUAACCAACCAAGGUGAGUUGGGUAUCUACAGCAUCCCACAUCUCAAGAGACAGGAUGUCUACCAGGCGCUGAGGAAGGAGAACGUAACUGGGAUUGCAUCACUUCUAUUCACCCCCAGGGGGGAAGGCAUGUACCUCCUCUCCCCAUCAGAGUUUGAAAGGUUCACCAUGUCUGCCAGGACAGUGACCGAGCCUCUCUGCAUGCUGGAGCUAGGAGAGGGCAUGCGCCCCGUACCCCCUGAACCCGAGGUGGAGCCUGAGCCGGAGCCAGAACCGGCUGCCGAAGCCACAGAAGACGGGGAGAAAGCAGAUGAAGCGGCAGGAGGCGAUGCUGCUGCUGCUGCAGCUGGAGUUGAGGUUGCCAAGGAAGCUAAAGCUGAUGCAGAAGAACAACAACCUGGAGAGGAGGAUGCCAAACAACCCUCAGACGAACCCCCAGCAGCUACCCUCCAAAAUGGCCCCAGCGAGGAGGCCACGACGGAGGAGCCCACGGCCGGAGGGGACGCCGAGACGGCCGCAGCCAUAGAGAAAGAAGUAGAGAACCAGACUGCCGACGAACUAGUGAAUGAAGUGGAUGAAUUGCUUGCCAAGACAGGAAUCAACAUCAGUAUCGAGGGCGAGACCGAUGACAACCCGGACAUCACCAUCGACGAGGUCAAGGAAUACGACACUAAACCAAAAGAGGAGAUUGUAAAUGGGACCGCCGUUCCCGAAGAGGAUGUCACGAAUAAAGAGCCCUCGCCUGCUGAAAAUGGAGAUAUUGAGACUAAUGAAGUGAACAGGGAGCCGCAGCUUGAGAAAUUACAGAUUGAGGAGUAACGUUGAUUGACCGAAGCAAGCGUCACGAUCGAGAAGGGGUUAUUACAUGUGCCACACGAUAUAUCUCCAUGGUGAUCGCGAAGAAAGGCAGAGCGUGAAAUGUGUGUUAGUCAAGACAUAGCGUGCAAACAUUCAAAUAAACAAUUCAAACCGUUUUGUGGUGUUUUUCUCUAUAUUGCUUCCUCUCUGUUUUUAAUAGACAACUUGCAGAUUUUGUUUCAAUGCUCAAUUUUCCAAUGAAAUGAACUUGUAGUCUAGGCAAAUGCUAGGAGUUGACUGUCAAUAAAAA